GCAACACCGUGUCUUUAUCUGUCGAUCUCUCGCAUUUCUCAAACCAUUAAAGCAAUUAAAAGCAAGUUUGUAAAAUCUUCAUACACAGCGGCACAGGAACCAAAAGGGACACGUUAUUUUCAUUAUAUAUAUAUUCGUUAGUAAAUGCAAGCUAUGUCCGUGUGUGACUGCGGUCUGUUCUGUAAUUUUCCCAAGUGUCGGGCCAAGUUAAGCGGUUUUGCCUGGGUGACGGCCUGCUCUCAUAUCUUCUGUGAUCGUCAUGGAUCGGGAGAGUUCAGUCGCACCCCAGCUAUCUGCCCUGCCUGUUCCUCUGCACUGUCCGGUAAACUUGACAUAGUGCGUACUGAGCUCUCUCCAUCAGAACAGUACAAAGCUAUGGUUCUAGUAGGACUGAGACCUGAUACAGUGCUGGAUAUCAGCCACAGAGCACUGGCCUUCUGGACAUACCAGAUAAACCAAGAAAGGCUGCUAAUGGAGUUCAGUUUGUCUCGGGCAGAAGUACAAGUCAGUCAGAUGGAGAAGGUGAUGGCUCAGCAGAUCCAAACUAAAGAGUUUGAAUUGAAUGCCAUGAGAGAGGAGAUUGCAUCACUGAAUAAGAGGUUGGAGGAUUAUAAGCGGAAGUAUAGUGAAGUUUCAGAGCUUCUGAUUAAGAAAAACAGACAGUAUCAGAAACUGCAGGGAUUGUUUGAGGCGCUGAGGCUACGUACUGUGGAGGCUGGUGACAAUGAUGUACUGCACCAUGCCACCCAUAUGUUUCCCCCUGGCCUGGUUAGACAACGCUCUCCCCAUGGCAGUCCACCUUUCUUGGCUUUGGGUCAAGAGGGGGACAAACUCUUCCAUUCUCUAGAACCAGAGAGUUUCAAGACCUUUUUCCAAUUUAGCUCUCCAAGAGAGAAAAGCCAUUCAUUUGUGAAGAAAAACUGACCACUGCAUUUUCUACAUGUAGAGUUUCUUCAUUAUAAGUUAUAUUUACUUGAUUUUGUCAAAGUUUAAGUAUUGAAUUUAUCUUGGUGUUCUUUGUAAAGUUGACCUUUAAAAUGAAUAAAGCUGUUUCCAAGGUG